AUGUCGCCUUCUUCGCUAGGGUUUAGGCUUUUGAAACUCGGACACAGAGAUUCGUGCGAGCUUUUUCCUGAUAAUGGCGGAGGUGGAGGAGAAAGCCCAUUGGAUUCCGAGAAAGAGCUUUGCCAUUCUCUCUAUCCACCCAACAAGCCCAAUUUUGGUUGGCCAAAGGUGGAGGAGAAGCUAAAGUGUGAAAAGGGAGAAGAGAAGAGAGGUGUGAAUGGUGGAGGAGGAGACGUUCGAGAGGGUGACAGGACGUUACAAUUAAUGCAGCAGCAGCUGUCUCAGAGUCCACCUCCACCGGAAGACCAAGCGCGACUACUGAUCACCACCGACGACAAACUAGCAGAAGAUCAAGAAAACCAAAAUGAAAAACACUACUCCGAACAAACAGUAGUACCAGAAUCUGAAGAUGAAGAAGCCGAUAAACAAACAAUGAGGACACCCUGUGUUCGAAAACCCACUCCGGCGAAGAAAACAACAAGAGAACCCCCACAUCCCCAUGGCUCUUCGUACUCCGAUCGAGGAACCGAUUCGGAUACCCAUUUGGGCUCUCGGACGACCACCUCCGGUUUUGUCAUCGAGCCCCUUGCUUCCGAGCCCGUGGACGUGGUUCCGCCCCAGCCCGAGAAACCCACCUCUUGUAAACGCCGCCUCAUGCCGGAGUUUGAAAAGAAUGCCGGUGAGUUGCGGGACAAAAAGAAGGCCAAGGUGGUUGAGAAGAAGAAGUCCGGUGUCAGUGCGAUUAACCGGCUGUGGAGCGAGGAGGAUGAGGUUCUUAUACUCAAGGGACUGAUGGACUUCCAGUCCAAGAAAGGGUCCGACCCAUAUCCGGAUAUGGGUGAGUUUUACGAACUUAUCAAGCAAUCGCUUAGUGUCGAUGCUUCGAGAAAUCAGUUCUUGGAUAAGAUUAGGAAGCUGAAGAGAAAGUACAGUACUAAUAACGCCGAGAAAGGGGAGAGAGCUAUUUUCUCGAGGCCCCAUGAACACAAGUGCUUUGAACUUUCGAACAAGAUAUGGGGUGAUGGAGGCCGAAAGGAGGAUACUGGAGUUGAUGGGAACGGGAAGAAUGUGAGUGCAAGAGCUAGAAAGACUCAAGAAAAUAGGAAAGAGGUUGCAUUGGGAGAGAAGGCAAAGGAGCUGGAGAAGAAGUGGCAGAUUUGGCAUGCAGAUGAAGCUGCUUUACAUCUGAGGCGGGAGGAAUUGAUCGAGGAGCAGAAGAAGCUAACGUUGGAUGCAAUAAAGGCUUCAAAGGUUGUCGAGCAAAAGAUAAAAAUAAAGGCUUCAAAGGAGCAAGGGGUUCUGUGGGAUGGAAUCACUGGGAGUAGAUUCGGCGGGCUUUUUGGAAACGGAAUUUAG